CACGCCUAUUCAAAUACGAUUCCUCCCGCCCGCGAGAUAUCUUUCAGAGGUCCGAAACAGCGAGAAAUGCAAGAAGAGAGCAGAAGAGUAGAAUCGCCGGUGAGCCCGCCUCCGUGUCCCGGCACAGUGACCGUCCGAAGGAAUCCUCAUCGGAGAGCUCGGCCCACUCCCAAAACUGGCCUACGGUCGUCUUCGAAGAAGCCGGAAAUACCCAAUGUCCCUUCUUUUCCUAUUCAAGACAUAUUGGCGAUUGAUCUUCCCCCAAACCCUACUCCUGCGCCGGCCCCAGCCCCAGCCCCAGUCGAAGCUCCUAUAUCAGAGAACCUGAAGGUGUACGUCCGUAUCCGCCCGAUCAGCAUCGAGCUCCCAGAAUCAGUGAAGGAUUCAAGCAAACGUGACGUUUCUUCAAGGUACAGGGUGAAACACAGGGUUGCUCGAAGCUCUCCAAAGAAGAGAGAUGCGACCGCGAAGAAGAAGAGCUGUGAAAUUUGCGUUACUGCAACCUCUGCGAGCUCGGUCAGCCUAUCUCCUCCAAAGGAUCUGCAGGAGGCUAAGCGCAUUAAAGAGGAAGUGUUUGAAGGCUUCUCUCACGUGUUCCGUACAGAUUCCUCUCAGAAUGAAGUGUACGAAAGGAUGGUGAAACCACUUGUAGAAGACUUCCUGAGAGGGACUAGCGGAAUGUUAGCUGCUCUUGGGCCUAGUGGCUCUGGGAAGACGCAUACAGUUUUUGGGUCUCCAAGAGAUCCUGGGAUCGUGCCUCGUGUGCUGCAACAGAUAUUUGGGCAAACAGAUGGCAACACGAACAGCUCCCAAAGGUCAUUCUACUUAUCAAUGUUCCAAAUAUGUUCCGAAAGAGGAAAAGCCGAAAAGGCUUUUGAUCUAUCUAAUGGGGUGGAAUUAUCUAUGCACCAGUCAACUAUAAAGGGUCUACAGGAGGUAGUCGUUACUGAUGUUGGGCAUGCAGAAUCUUUAAUAGAAGCUGGAAUGUUGAGGCGUGCUACUGCAAUGACAAACUCAAAUAGUCAGUCAAGCCGGUCUCAGUGCAUUAUCAACAUCCGAGACGUAGGUUCCAGGCAUAAUGGAGAAGUCGAUGUUCCAAUGAGUAAUGCCAAUCUGACAUUUGUUGACUUCGCUGGGGCGGAAAGAGAGAAGAAAACUGGGAAUCAGGGGGAGAGAUUACUAGAGAGUAACUUCAUCAAUAAUACAUCAAUGGUCUUUGGUCUGUGCUUGAGAUCCUUGCUGGAGCACCAAAAGAAUCCAAAAAAGCCUUUGCCGAAGCAUUUUCAGAACUCUUUGUUAACAAGGUAUUUGCGAGAUUACCUAGAAGGCAAGAAAAGGAUGGCUUUGAUCUUGACAGUAAAGCCUGGUGGAGAGGACUACCUUGAAACCUCCCAAUUCCUACAACAGGCAGCACCUUUUAUGAAAAUCAAGUUCAACAAUGUCGAAGAAACAUCUGGUGUAGUUCGCAAUAAGAGACAGACUACAGCAAUGCCUAGAACUGAGCAUGCCAAAAGAGUGAAAAUCAGCAGGACUAAGGCUUCUGUGACUGAAGAAGAAAAGAGUAGAAGUGCUAAGGAUGAAAAUAGAGAGGAUCGAGUACUGCUACAUUUUGCUCGUGCAAUGUGGAAUGUGUUGAACGAAUACAAGAGAAAACUUAAGGUGGCAGAAAGUGAGAUUGAGAGUCUUCGAGAAAAUUAUGCAAAUGAAACGAUAAGAACCGCGGAGCUCGAAAAGGAAUUGAAAAAUCUGAAGGAGGGCUGUAAUUGCAUUAACAUAUAUUCCACAGAAGCCCCCUUAGCGCAAAGAUAUGCAAAUACAGACUUAGACGCCUCUGCUUCACCAGGAGCAGAUGAGCCCAGCAUUUCUGAAUCCUCUGAUGAGGUUGAGAGGAAGGUUCAUUCAUGUCUUCUUCAGACACCUGAAUGCAACAUGCAAAACGAACGCCUCACCACUUUCAUAUGGAAUGACAAUAUGAAGCAUGCUGGUGACUCUGAUCCUCCACAAGCUCAAGGCCACCUGGAUCCAAAUACUCACACAAGGGACCAUCUUGUGUUAAUGGAAGAUGAAUCAGUGAAAGUGGUUUCUUCACUUUGUGGGCUCGAUUCUUUUGAUGUCCGAGCUCAAGAAGAAUAUGAUGUCAGUGUAAGAGAACCAGCUUUUGAUGUCAGCAGUUCUUCUCAGUCUCCUGACAAAGCCUUUGUUAAGCAAGAUAAAGAGCAGUAUGUCAAAACUGAGAGUGAACAGCCCUGUGGGAAUGAAGACAGCUGCGGAGAAGACUCGGAACUGGAUAGUUCUCGCAAUAUGGAAAAUUUAAAAGAUACAGGGGGUUCCUCUGAGCCACAUGUGCUGGUUCGGAAAGACAGCUGUUCAACUGUUGAGCUUGAUGACCUCAAAAGCAAUGGUUAUGAGGUAUCCUCAGAGCAACCUGCAGAAGUGAACAAAGAUGUUGCAUCUACUCAGGUUUCCAGCUCUGCGAAUGAAGACAGCGGGGGAGACUUGGAAGACUCUAAACUGGACAAUUCGCGCGGUGUGGAAAAUUUAGGAGCAACUGAUCGGCUUGAAGGUUUUGCAGACGUGGGGAGCUCCUUUCAGCCAAAUGUGCUGGUCCGGAAAGACAGCUGUUCGACUGUUGAGCUUGAUGACCUCAAAAGCGAUGGCGAAGAGGUGUCGUCGGACCAACCUGCAGAAGUGAACAAAUAUGUUGCAUCUACUCAGGUUUCUAGCUCUGUGAAUCAGCCAGAGAAGUUACUUAAAUCGGAGUCUUCGCCUAAACUUCCCAAUCAGGAGAAACCAAGAAGGAGGUUGCUGCCUGCCUCAUCAGUGCUGUUGAGGAACAUGAGUUAUUGGAACAUCGACGAUGAGACCGAAAAGCCAAAGGGAAAUAGAGGCGGGAAGAAAAAGGAAAAGGAUGCUAAAGAAGAAUUAAGAACAAAGGGCAGCGCCACGCUGCUUAGAUUGCUGAAAGGCGACCUUCUAUAAGGCUAUAACGCAAUGCAGUCAUUAGUAUCCGACAAAAGUAGUACUUUACCCAGAACAAGUGUUUUUUUUUUUUUUUAUAAGUCUAGCUGUAAAUACUAAAUUGUAAAUUUUUGUCGUUUAAAUGCGAAAAACAUUACUGCACCGUUCAUGUCGUUCGUGUGGGAACCGCUACGAUCCCCUUGUACUCGAAGCCUCAAACACCUUGCCAUGGAUUUUGAAAGCACGCGUAUUGAAGGCACAAUACUUAAAUACGCAUAUAUCACAGUUCAACUUCCUAAGCUUCUGUA